CCGGCCUACCUUUAUUGGCAAUGAACCACAUCGAGGCGCCUGCGACUAGACUAUGGCGGGGCAUUGUCGGCAAUCACUACCUCCUAACCAGCCAGCCCCGUCUCUAGCCUAUUAUAAAGGGUUUGUGGCGUCUACAAUCACAAUGUUCGAAUUGUAUCAUGCAAACACUACUCAAGUCCAAGUAAAGACACAGCUGAUCGCAAUAUCAGUCCUUAUCCCUUCCAACAAAGAUGUAUCGCGAACCUACCCCGGGAGGCUAUCAUUGGAUCUCAAGCGCCAUCGAAAGUCUUGAUCCCGAGACGGACUACGAGCUGAUGUGGCGUCUCAUGUCUUGUUAUCGGUCAUCAGAUUUCAUGAACAACAUGAUCUACGCUCUCACAUUCCCCAACUUUGUUAUCACAACGCACGGAGCCGAGACUGUCUGGCGUUCGGACGGCGGCAAGGUCAUAAAGCGAGGUGCUCAGCGCGUCGAAGAUACAGAAAACUACAACAUGACAUGGUGGCACUACGGUCCCAGCGAUGAGCGUUGUCGAGAGGCAGUCAGGUACAUCAACAAUCUCCAUGCCUCACUGGCUCGACGAUAUCCUGGCAACUUCUCAGACAACGAUGACUUUCUCUAUGUCAUGACCUUUAGUACUGUUUUGAUGCACCGCCUCCGCCUCCGACUGGGGCUAUCUGGGUUCACAGAAAAGGAAAAGACGGUCGCUCAUCACUUCUGGCGGGACAUGACACCUCUGUUCAUCAAAGAGGAUGGCAGUCCUGUGCAUGGCUAUCCAGAUGACUUUGAGGACUGCUUAGACUUUUGUGAAGUCUAUGAGAACACACCACGUGAAUUCGAUGAGAGGAUGCAACAUAUAGGUCUUGCAAUCAUGAAUCAAUUCGCCUUUCGCUACUUUCCACCAGGGUUACGUUGGCUGGGCGUCUCCAUCCCCAAAGCGCUAUCACUCCCAACUACUAUCAACACUAUGCGGAUCAAACCCGUGAAUCCCGUUCUCAAAUGGAUUAUUGUCUUUGUAGUAGGGACUCUGAUGAGCUUGGCUGAAACCUUUCUUCCUGAUCCCCGAGAGUCUUUCUGGAAAAAGAUUGAAACUUUGGAUGAAAAAGACGCUAAGCUAAGGAAGGCUGAUAUUAGGGCGAGUGACCAAGCGUACUCGGAGUAUAUCCAAGCCAAAUGGAGUGGCCCGGGGUGUCCUUUCUUUGAGAAAGAUAGGUAGCAAAACCGACGUCAGAGGAGAUAGGUCCAGUCAAAUCAACAGAAAGCAUGUCCCUAG